GGUUACCAAGGAGCAAGAUGGCGACGGAAGUAUUGUGAUCUCGCAGCAGCGUUUUAUUGAGAUAUUCUAAAUGUCGGGGACACGUUUGACAAGGAAGGUUACGGUAGAAGGAAGUAAGAAGCUUCCAGAAGGAAGUAGCCAGAGUUCGUCAUCGAGCUCAGGAACCAGGCGAAGUGUUUUUGACAGACUAGGUCCAGGGACAAGCGAACGUUCAAGAUCUAGAGAGUCAUAUCCUCCUGAAAAAUGUAGAAACUGGUUGCGAGAUGGAAGAUGUCAAUUUGGAAGAAAUUGUAAAUUUCUUCACGGACCAUUUUCUGAACCAAAAUCAAGAACUAAGAGUGUCAGAAGCAUUGUGAGAACUGAUGUUGACAGAUCAGAAGGAGAUGAUAGUGCCAUUACUGUUCGAACUCAAAGUCUUGAUAGUUUAGAGCCUGAUGAUGAUGAUGAGAAAGAAAUUUCAGUUCUGAAAAAGAAGAAACAUAGACCUCUGGAGGAAUCCUCUGAGCCAAGCAAGAAAAGUGAGAAGCUAAAGAGACGACAGCAGAUUGAUCAAGACUCAUCUCAAGGUGAGGGGGACGAUGGGGAUGACCACCGGAAACGAAAAAAGAAAGUGAGAAAGCGUCAACUCAGCGGUGGAGUUGUCAUCACCAAGCCCGAGAGUCCAGAGGAAGAGGAAAGGGACUGGGGAGACGAAGAUUACGAGGAGGAACGUAGCGAUUUGGAGUGGGAAGAGCGGGGUGAGCUGGACUACGAGCGGCAGCUAAAUUUAGAGAAGAGACGACAAGAUCUUCAACGCCAGCUGGCUCUUAUGGACGAAGAGGACGCCAAGAGGGAGAAGGCCGAACGGAAGGUGAAAGAUGUGAAGAAAGAGAGAGAUGAAGACCUCAAACCUGCGAUUCCCGUGGUUCAUAGCAAGCUGCACCCAGAGAAGUCGUCCGUAUCUCCUGCAGAUGAGUUUUCACCAGUCUCCUCACAGUCGACUCCGAAGAAAAAGAAGAAAAAGGCGGAUGGGGAAGGGAAGAAGGUGAAGGCGAAACGUAAGAUCUCUCCGUCAACAAAAGAGCUGAAAAAACGGAAAGGUGUUAAACCAGCUGCUGGAGGUUCAAAUGGUGGGAUUGUGGAGGAAAGACCUCAAAAAGUGACAGAUGUAUCACCCGAAAAGCCUAAAGCAUCUGUUCGAACGCAGCCUGAGUUUGAGGAAACAGCUACAGAAAAGCCACGGGUCCCAAAGAAGAAGCAGGUGAAGCCCAAAAAAAAAGAAAGCCAAGUAACCAGGAGUUCUGGGGAUAGUUAUUUAAGUCCCACGGGUUCCUCUGGGCAAAUACCUCCGCGAACUCUUCCACCGGAGGAGAUUCCAAGGGAAAAGAGAUCACCUACUCCGGAAGAGCAAAGGGUACCUGUGGAAAAACUGCGUCGUAGAACAGCUCUAUCGUCUCCAGAAGGCUCUAAUUCUCCAGCCCCUCCCUACGGCAGCGAGAGCAGGACUCGCAGGAGCACGGACCCUUCCGACGGAAGUCUUCGAAAAACUGUUCGUGAGGUCCACAAUAACGAGCCGCCGGGAGAAGCAGAACACAAAGUAAAAGUGAAAGGCCACGAGAAGCCUUACAGAGAAGAAAGAUCGCCUGGUACACCAGAACACGGACGAAGAGUAGUGGCAAUAAAAGAUACACGUCAUUUGGAGGAGGGAAGGAGCGAGAGACGAAAGAAAGUUGUUGAGGAAGAACCACCGCGCAGCCCAUCUCCCGAAGAUAUCCCCGCUCGGGACCCUAUCACACCACCCGGGGAACAGCGUAGACAUAGGACCACACCGCCCAGGGGAGACAGACGAGGACCACAGACUCCUCCGGGUGAACCUGAUUACGAUGACGCACCAAAGCAAGGCUCAAGUGACCGGGGUGCCCCUCGGCACCGUGGACCCUACACUCCACCUACCCCUAGCAAUCCCCCGGUGCGCAGUCGAGAUGAAAGAAAUCGCGAAGAAUUUCACGACGGGAGAUCUGAGUCGCUGCCUUAUCGCGAGGAGGCGUCUGUGCCUCGAAGCAAAGAGCGACCUGAACGUGAUACCAGGUACUCAAGACAGAGGGGUGAUGAUGGGGUCGACGACAUGUCGCGAGGUAGCCGAGGUCAUGCUUCAGUAGACGAAGAUUAUCCGAGGGCCCGACUUCGAGACGAAGAACCUGGCAGACUAAGACAUCGCAAUGAACGUCAGGACGACUAUCACCAACGCAAUCGCCCAAAAGAUGACCGAAGCGACGACUUUUACCGAGCUCGAGAUCGUGAGCCAGAUCGAAGUGACGACCAUUACCGAAGCCGGGCAGAAGAGCCCCGAGGCGGUGAACCACCACGCAGGAAACCUGAGGUAGACGAGGAAUAUCUUCGAAGACGCGAAGAUCGCGAUGAAGAUCAUUUACGUUCCCGCAAUCGAGAGUUAGAGAGAGACGAAGAACGUUCGCGACGGAGAGACGAUCGCAGUGACGACCAUCAACGAGGCCGUGUCCGUGACGAGCACGAAGAUGACAUGCAGAGGCCCCGAGGUGGGCGUGAUUUUCCCAGGCGUCCGUUCGAAGGGGGAGAUGAAAGACACUGGGAAGGGCGCGGUGAAAGAGACAACAGAGAGGUGCAGUUUAGCGACCGGGAUAGAAGGAGACCGGAUAUGCCUCGGCAAGACAUAUCUGAUAACCGCAGCCGUGAAAGAGCCGGAGAGAGACCACGUGACAGAGAAGGUCGUUAUCCACCGCCUGGGCCUGGGCCUGACUAUCACAGACGUUCGCCUCCCAUCCCCCACGGCUCACGUCGAUCACCUCCACCCCAUGGACCUCCGCGCGGGCCGCAUCGGUUUGAAGAGCGAAGACGUAGUUUAUCUCCAGGAGGACGCAGGGAGGAGGGUUAUCGCCAGGGUCCUCCACGAGACCAAGGCGGUUAUGGUAUGGGACGUGAGUCAGCGCAUGGGAGAGGGGGGCACUCCGCGCCUUUCGAAAACCGCGGUCGACCCGUCGAGAGUAGAAGAAGAAUUUCACCCCCUCCUAGACAGUAUGCAGAGCGUGGCCGAGGUGCCCCGCGAGGCAGAGGAAUCAGAGGGGGCCGAGGUUUUCCCGACAGAAGUCGGCCGCCAGGGGACCGGUACCAAGACCCUCCUCGUGAUAGAGCGGCGCCAUGGGAUCCCGAGCGCCGACGUGAAAGAGAUCAUCCACGCGACCGGAAUCGUCCGCACGACGAAUCGCGUGAUCGGGACAGACGUCCGAGAGGUGAACUGUCUCCAGGCCGAGGUCCAAGACACUGGGAGGAUAGGAGAGCUGGGAGCCCGGGACGAGUCGUUAGCCCAUCGCGCGACCGCCGUACGCAUGAGCAAGAGAAGAUACCGCGUGAAGCAGAGGAAGAGCGCAGGCGUCGUUCGGACGAAGAAGAAGAUGAAGAAUGGGAAUACGAAGAAGAUUUAGGAGACGAAAAAGAUAAGAUACCACGACAAGGAGAAAGAAAAAGACCUAGAGAAACAGGCUCGUCCAUAUCAACCAUCGAGUCGCCUGCGGGAGGGAAAAAGCGCCGAAGUGAAACCCCUGAGAUGGAAGUAACGCCAGGAGGGGAGGUGCCCGAAGGAGUCGUAAAACAGGAUGAUUAUGAGAAGGACGUCAUUGCCGCAGCUCCCGUCAAGCAAACCGCAAAACCUAAGAAAAAGAAGGUGGGGAAAAAAGGGAAAGGUCCAAAACCUGACGGUGAACCUGAUGUUGAAACUCAAAAACCACCAGAGCCGCCUGCAGAGUCAGAGGAAUCGCCGGAAGGUGAGAAGCCUUUUAAGGUUGAGAAAAAGCUGAAGAAAGAAAAAGGAAAGACAAAAGAGAAGGUGACGAAAAAGAAGAAGAAGAACAUCGGUGUGGUGGCAUCAGAGCCCGGACUGGGCCCAGAAAAAACCGAAGAGCCAACGAGCGUGACGGAAGAAAGUGGGGUAGCGUCGUCGGAAAAUCUUGGAGAAGUAACACAACAGUCCGAAGAGGAACUGAUUCCAAAGGUGGCUAAAAAACGCCGGCAUCCAGUUGCUCCUGAUGGGGAGGAAACGAAGAUGAAGGGUGGUGAUAAACCACCAAAGAAAAAGAAAAAGAAGAAACAUCAGCCCGAGGUUAUCGUUCAACCUUGGGCUGACCUUGAAGACGAGGAUGAAGAAAUGGUUCAAUACAAGUCCGAAGGUAACGAGCGCCAGGGUAGUGUCAAGGGUAGUCAGUUUGGACAGGUUGGGGACAUCGACGAGAAUAAAUCGUCAGACACAGUUGCAGAUGGAAGGAAGGAAACUGGAGAUGCUCCCAAAGAUGAGGAAUCCGUGACAGUGUUCAGUGAUUGGAGCGACGAUAGUCCUAUCGGAGACGACGCGUGGUCAGAUGUUAACGAACCGGAGAUUUCUGAGAGGAAACCGAAAAUCAACGAUAAGGAACGCGCAGCUACAAUGUCACCAGUUCGGAAUGAGGCGCCAACAUUCGACGAUGUUUACGACCCAAUAAGCGACGAUGAACUUGACGCCAUGUUAGGGGACGACGAUGAGGAUGCCAGAGCUGGGGUUUCUGAUAGUAAAGGUCCAUCUAGUGCUCCUAUGGCGGUUGAAGACGUUGAUUGGAGCGCGUUGGUCUCUGCGCAAAACACCUCAGACAAAACAGGAGAAGAACCCGGAGCUCACUUAAAGCGCUUUACACCAGGUCACGUGUUCUCACGCAUUGGAAUCUCUUCGUCGCUUGCUGGUCCGCGGUUAACCAAAUUGGUGCAAAAAGCGUACGCUGAGGUGGCAAAAGAUAAACCUUCAGUGACGGAGACAGGUGACACGAGUGAUGUCGACGAUGGGGGUGAUUCAAGAGUCAUAAACAGUAUUGGUGCGCUGGUGGCAGGUGCGGCUGCCAAAAGGCGCGAAAGAGGGACGUUAUUCACGGACGUUGGACCUUGCAGACGUGCACUGUGCGCCCGUAUGGAUCUGGCGAUGAGAAAGCGACUGAGGAGGCUGACUGGCAAGGUCGGUCUUUUCCAAGUGCCAUCAUCCGCCCCAGUCGACAACGAACUUUAUUCCAUGAGCGUGGCCUUGUACAAACACGAACAUUCUGCCAUGGACUCUUCUGUGACGAAGUUAAUCCCCUCCAGGGUGGGAGCGGUGCUUGCCACAGUGAAUUCUUAAGAUUCUUAAGCUAGGUUGCUUAAACCACAUUUGCUGGUCUGGGCGUCAAUUAGGAAAGUGGCCAGUUUUUAACUAUGAAAGAUAGCUCAGGUACUACAUUAUACUAACAAAAAAUACUCUUACUCAAGAACUAGAUUAUUGUCCGUUUGUGAAAUAAAGUAUGCCAAUAUUACAGUUA